AUGGGGAAUGAGAUGGGAAACCGAAAUGUAUCAGGGAUGCAAGAAGAGAGCACAGCAGUUGAAGCUCCAGAAAAAACUUCACAAGAAGCUGCUCCUACAAAUGAAAUGAAAGGAGAAAACCAUAUAAUUCCUGAAGCUGAAGGCAAAGAUUUUCAUAAAAAAAUUGCAGUACUGUCUUCUGAUGAGCAUUCUUGUACCAGACUUCCUCAAGUCGAAAACCAGAAAUCGGGUGGAAGAGAAGAAGCUGAGACUGAGCUUAAUCCUCCUCCUCAAUCUUCAGAAGAUCCAAUAGAAUCCCAUGAUGCAGCUAGUCAAGACAGUGAAAUCCAGAGAGCUUCUUCACCCAAAGAUGAUGGCAACCAUGAGAAGUCACAAGGGUCAAAUUUGUUGAACAAUAUGCUGGGAAUAAGCGAUCAACAGAUUUGGGAAGAACUAAUUAUUGGAGCGGAGAAGGUGGAGACAAGUAGCUCAAAUUGCAACUCAGAAUCUGCAUCACUUGAUGUAGAUCCAAAGUCUGACCAACAUGUACGUGUUGCAAACCAUACUGAACCGCCUGCAAUAGACCACAGUGAAUCACCACUGAGCAGUGAGAAAACUCUAGGAUCGAGUAUAUCAUGCUUCAGUGAGGAGAAUGUUCAGUUACUUGACACUGAAGAUGCACAAAAUCUAGCUGUAAGUGAAUUUUUCGAUACCAAACUUUUCAAUGUAGAAAAGAAAGAGGAUGACUUGUCAGCAGAAAAAACGGCGUCCCAACAAGAGAAACUUGUGGAAACAAGAAUUUGUGAAGAAAAAAGUGAAAUUUCUUGUGGAGGUGAUUUGAGCAAAAUAACACUGUCACCAACCUUUUUCGAUGGUUUGGGAAACAACUGCAAUGUUCAGCUACCCCCUGAAAUAAAUUUCAGAACAGAUGAUUCCUCAAAUUCAUUUUCAGAAGCUGUUCCACAGGCUAGUUCAUUAGACCCUUUUCAAGAAGUUUCAGAAGCGCAAGAAAAAUGUGUGGUUCUUAUAGAAGAUGCCAAAUUGAUGAGAAAUGGAUCAGAAAUUGGAGGGAACAAGGGUAAAACAGAUCAAACUCAAUUUUCUGAUUGGGCAGCAAAUGAAUUCAUGACUGAGGAGGCCAAUUCCUCACAAUCAGAAACGAUAAUGAUUGGAUAUGAUUGCAAGAAGAAUGAAAAGGAAACUCUGGUUGUUUCCAAUUCUCCUGUUAUCAAUAAGGUUCAUCAAAUUGAGGAGGUAAAGGUGACUGACAAUGGAGACAAAUCCGGUUUAGAUGAUACCAUACUGAAUCCAGUUUCUGAGGAACUAGGCAAGGAUUCUGAAGAAGUCACUGAGAGAAUGCCUGAAAUUGGAACAGGCCCAACCGAAUUAACUGUCACAUCUGACAGCCAUGAAGAAGAAAGGCCAACGGAGAAAGAAAAGAAUUCAUGUUCAAUAGGAGGUGAAACAGAACAUUGUAUGCAGGGACAAGGUUUGCUCUCACCAUCUCCUGCUUCUCCAUUUAAGCCCCAGUAUCAGAAAGAGGACACUUUAGUAGUAUGUGAGGCUGCUGAAAACAGGACCGCGUUGGUUGCAGACUUGAACCAACAAGAUUUUUCCGAACUCUUUCUCAACAAAGUCUUGAUUGAUGAUGCCAAGAAUGCAACCAAACCAACUUUGGUCUCCACCACUGAAAUGGAGAAUUCAAAACCUCGGAAAGAACUUGCACAGAAUGUCCAAAAAACUUUGGUGAAAAUUAAUGAAACUGAAACUCCAGCAAUGCAGUCCAAUGAACAAUGUGCUAAAGGCGAAAAAUCUGCAUUUUCAUGUAGUAGUUUUGAAGUGCGAGAAAUCAUGGGAAGGCUCAGUACUGAAGCAAAUCCAGAGAACCAACGUAAUCAGGUUGAACUCAGGAAAUCUCCAAGCUUCCAUUUUGAUCUCUCCCUCGGAACAAGGUCAGAAGAAUCUGAUCGAACUCCACUUCUCCAUAAUGACAAAACCGCAACCCGAAGUUCAUCAAGCCGCAUUGAAAUGAGGUCUCAAAUCCCAACUGCACAAACUGGAUAUGCUCGAGACCUCAUACAGUACAAGACAGUGGAAGAGAAGACCAUAAGGAUGGAAAGAAGUGAUUCAGAGAAUUCAAGAGGUUCAUUUCUAAGCUUAUUGAAGAAAGAAGAGAGAACCAAUGUAGUAGUCACAGUACAGGAAAAAGAAAGCUGUGUCAGUGACAAGCAGGAAGUGAAUGAACUUGCAUUAACUUCACAAAAGGGGAGUGGGAAGCGCAAGCCCCGGGCUUCACUCUUCAGCACUUGCAUCUGUUGUGCAGCAGCAAUCCAUUGAAAGUUUCAUUCUUUAUUUGAUUUUGUUGGUUUUCCCGUGUGAUUUGAGAUUUUUGAAUUGGGAGUUUCCUCAUCUUUAAGAGAGCAUGUUGCCUAGUGAGUAAUUGAUGAGCAACUUGGAGAGAGAUUACAGAAAGAGUGAGCAUACAUUGCCAACUAUAUAUGUUCAUUAU